AUGGAGCAAUGGUGCGGUGACUGGGAUACAUUCUUGGUGCAAAAACUUCGGCGCAGUGCCAGACCGAGGCCGCCGAAAAGUGUGUCACGCUUCCUUCGACUGCCGCCAUCGGCAAGAAGGGAGACGACUGCAUCAGCCACCUGUCCUCUUGUGGCAGAGGCGAUUCACAAGGCCGAAGAGAAGUGUGCGGAGGACACUCGGAAGUUGGAGGAGGAAUGGUGGAGAGUCGAGGAGGAGGAAGAGCUUGCUCGGAAGGCUGCAGAGGAGAAAGAUUUGGUGAGGAAAACUGUGGAGGCUACUGCAUUGGCCCGCAAGAUUGCGGAGGAUGGAAAGAAGACUGCGGAUGUCAACAGAGACGAUGAGCAGGACGUUGGGGAUGGAGAAGGGGACAGUGAAUCUUUGGAGGCUGGAGAGAAGACCGGCAACAUUAUCAUUGUCAAGCAGAAGACUGGUCGCAUGACCGCUGGCUCCGCGCCAGUCAUUUGUCGGGACAAUCCUUGCGCGAAAGAUGCGCACAUUCAGUGCGAGUUCAGUACCUUGGCCCCUAAAGGCAAGAGGGCUAGGGCCGCUGCUGCUAUCGCGACACCGGUUCUGGUCGCAGGUGGUUCUCGGACUACCGGAAGGAAGGCCACCUUGGAGCACGUGACUGUUGUGUCCGAGGAUGAAGACGCUGCGCCUCGUGCUCGUCCGGGACCCAGAAAAGGCAAGAGAAAGGCUGCUGUGGUGGAAGAGGAAGAGCAGGACUUAGACGAAAUCGACGAUGCGUUGGAGCGGGAGUUCGCCAUUUGGGGGGUGAAGUAUCAGCAGGCGGAGGGAAUCAUGCAGGAGAUGAAGCUUGAGAUGGACCGGGUCGGUGUCCUCAUGGCAAAGCGGCGCUGUAUCUGCAAGUAG